CGGCCACAACUCGCCGGGCAAGUCAGUCGACGUCCGAUCCAACCGAGAGAAGGUGGCCGUGAUAUGCGAAAGUGAAUCCGCGUCUGACUUAUGCUGGCAUCUUCAGCAAGUAUGACAGUGCUCAAGAUCUCGAGGAUGGAAGAAGGGAAGAGUCCUGAAAGGAGCUCCCCGAAGUCCGGCAUCAGUUUCAGCGUCGCCGCUCUCCUCGCCGACACCAGGCCGAGGAGGAGUCCCGUCCCGGAGUCGCAGAGCGAGGAAGAGCUGGAGUCGACCGAGGAGGAUGUGGACGUUGAAGAAGAGAAGCAGGAACAGCCCCAGUACCCGCCAGUGUCGCAGCAGCACAGCCUGGCACGGUUUAUGCUCGGGCAGAAUCAGCAGGCGUCUGGCCCGAUCCGGCCGACGCCUUUCACCGCCUUUGCGGCAGCAGCAGCAGCGGCAGCGGCGUAUUCCGCGGCCAGCGGACUCCCGCCACAUUCCGCGCCUUGGCCGGUUCACCAUUUCCCUGGAGCGCCAGUUUUCCCAUCCUUCCACGGACCGUUAUCCUCAUCGCCAGAACCCAACAACGGCGAACCUCCCAAGCUGAAGUGCAACCUUAGGAAGCACAAACCCAACAGAAAGCCGAGGACACCUUUCACAACGCAACAACUCCUAAGCCUCGAGAAGAAGUUUAGGGAAAAACAGUACCUGAGUAUAGCUGAAAGGGCUGAAUUCUCCAGCUCCCUUCAUCUCACCGAGACUCAGGUGAAAAUUUGGUUUCAAAACCGACGGGCGAAGGCGAAGAGGUUGCAGGAGGCCGAGAUCGAGAAGCUCAAAAUGGCCGCCGUCGCUGCAGCACGUCCUCAUCAUCCGCUGUACGGCCCAGCUGCUGCACACCUGCAGUAUUUCCCCGGGCCGCCUCACCAGCCGCACGACCUACUUCAACCUCACCACCCCCUUUCGGCGAUCCUCGGACGCCACCAGGUCCUGUUGCCGCAACAGCCCUCGCCUCCUCAGCAUUCGCCGCCCCCGCCGCCUCAGCAGCAUCCCCUUCCGCCUCCUCCAUCCACUUAGUCCUCAUCGCGAGGCCGACGUCAACGCCCCUUUCCCCCAAUUCAACAAAAAUACCCGACUUGUAUAGACUGAAAAUAUAUAAAUAUAUUUAUUUCUCUUGUAAAUAUCAUUUUUGUGAUUGUAGAGAUUGUAUAUAUUUGAAGAUAAGAGUUUGUAUAUUAAAAACUUAAGUGCAAAAAAUUUCAUAGUGAAGUAUUAUUGUAUAUUGUAUAGUUAAAUGUCAAGCGUAUAAUGUGUAUAUUCAAAUCGUUAAUUCUUUGUAAUAUUUUUGUUCCAAAAAUUCCUGAAAUAUUCCAAAAUUCUUUUAGAAUUUUAGUAGAGAGAACGUUUAAAAAAAAAUAACCGUACCUUCCUUAUUUACUCGAUGAGAAACAAACUUAUAUUAGUAGCAUUGAUUGUUUUGUAGACGGAGAAACGUAUAGUAUUAAAAUUUGUGUUCAAUUGAUGGAAAUACAUUUAAAAAAUGUAAGACAAAAAAAGAAUACAUUUUUUCAACGUGUUUAAGGUAAAACCUGAUACUGAGAAAUGUGCAUGACAUACUGUUGUAUAAAAUAUAAAUAAAAGAUUUUGGAAGAUUUUAUUUAAA